ACUUGUGUGGUGGGUCCCACUCACACUGAGGGCAUAUAAAAGGCCCUCUGCAGGGGAAUUUUCCACAGUGAAGUGACACUUCUCGCCUUCUCUACCCAAGCACAACCUCAACAGCCAACACCAUGUGUGGAAGCUACUAUGGAAACUCUUAUGGAGGCUGCAGCUAUGGAGGCUGUGGCUACAGAGGCUGUGGCUAUGGAGGCUGUGGCUACAGAGGCUGUGGCUAUGGAGGCUGUGGCUACGGAGGCCUGGGCUGUGGCUAUGGCUCCUGCUAUGGCUGUGGCUUCCGCAGACUAGGCUGUGGCUAUGGCUGUGGCUACGGGUAUGGCUCCCGCUCUCUCUGUGGCUGCGGCUAUGGAUGCGGCUCUGGCUACGGCUGUGGCUUUGGCUACUACUAUUGAGGACACCAUGGGAGACUUUUAUCACCUGCACAUGUAACUUCAUGAUUCACCAGCCUUGAUUCCCAUGCCCUUGUGUUCCCACACUAGAUUGGGAUAAUUCUGAUGUGAUUUGCAGAUUACCUACAGUCUGGCGGCUCCUGUCUGGAUCUGAAACCCUUAGUUGUUUAUUCCCAACCUUUGCUUCCUAAAAAGGGAGAAUGUGGUUUUCAUCCUGUGAACCCACUUUAUCUUCUUACCGAUCACUGAUCCUACCUUGAUAAUUCUCAUGCAUGUUUCCCAGUGAUCUUAAUAAAUUUGGCUAAUCUGAAAUAGAAA